AUGUCUUCCCUCGCACAACUCCCCCCCUCGCACACCCUCAAUCAAACCCAGAAACCCCUCGAGCAGUGGAACUCCGACGAGCUCAUCAGGACGUAUCUCAGGAGCAGCACAGAGCCCAUGGCGCCCGCCGAUCCGGUGCUCCUGCGGACGCGCCUCCAGAUGUUCCGGGUGCGCAUGUUCGAGAUCGAAAGGCUCCGCCUGAACCUCCGCCCCGCGAGCAGCGACGUGUUCGACCGCGAGCUCGCGGCGAUCAUGUACAAGCGCAAGAUCCUCCUCUGGUUCAGCUUCCCCAUCCGCGACCUGCCCGAUGAGAUCCUCGCCAUCAUCUUCCGUUACGUCGUCUGGAGCUCCAACGGCGCCGACCAGGCUACCCAGCACCGUCUCUGGUUGACGUGGGUCUGCAGACGCUUCCGCGCGAUCGCUCUCUCGGACGCGACGCUCUGGAACUCGGUCUGGUUCCGCGACUCGCCCCCGUGGACGCGCUCGUUCACGUUCAUCGAACGCGCGAGCACGGCGACGCUCGACCUCCGCAUCGACGAAAAAAUUGGGCCGGAGGGGACUGCUCACGAUGUACCUCCCAAGUACCCGCCCAUCACCGUCCCCCAAAUCAAAGAGCUACUGAGGAUACUCGGGCCCAAGGUGGGUCAAAUACGGAUCCUCGUCGUCGUCCUUUCGGACAUGGAGGUCGUCGAGGCGUUCAUGGAAGGUCUGUCCAAGGCUGGCCCUCUUUCAGCGAUGGAGCGCAUCGAAGUGCAUCGCACUAGUCAGCCGUAUCUGUGGCCGAAGGAAAAGUCCGAGGGCUCUGGCGGCUAUCUACCACUCAGCGAGCAACCCACCCCGAAGCUCAGGUGGCUCUCCCUGAACGGCGUCACCACCAACUGGAACGCGUUGCAGCCGUCCAACCUGAGGACGAUCGACCUGCGCCGCAUGUCCGUCCAGGCCUGCCCCACCUCCGAGCGCUGGUCCGAGAUCCUCAAGUUGUCCCCCGACCUGUUCAAGCUCUCGCUCGACGCGGCAGGCCCGCAGCUCGACCCGCGGCGCCAGCGCAUUGGGACCGGCGCGCGCCCGAUCGACCUCCCGUGCCUGCGCGACCUGACGAUUGGGGACAUGAGCUGCCUGUACGCGGCGCACGUCCUCGCGCACAUGCACGCGCCGCGCGUGAUGAGCCUCUCGCUCAUGUCGCUCACCGGGCAGGACUACGGCCCGCUGACGGAGAUGCUCAAGGGGCGGUUCCGGGAAAUACGUAUGCUGCAACUGCAAGGCUUCGAGGUCGGCAAGACGGACGUGAACAUGCAGCGCGCGGUGGCCUGGUUCGAGUCGAUGUCGCGCCUGAAGCUGUUGAAGUUCUCGCGAGUCAAGCCGUAUCUGCUUGACGCGCUGCUCGCGGACCCGCGCGACUACCGGCCGGGCGAGAUGGACACGCGCCCGGCGGACGGCAAGGACGACAAGCGGCCGGUCGUCUGCCCCGAGCUCGACACGGUGCACUUCAACACGCAGGGCCCGACGGACAUGUCCACGUUCGCGAAGGGCCGCAAGGACCUCGGGGUUAUGCUGAAGCGGGCGUACGCGCUCGAGGCGUUCCUCAAGACUUUGAAAAAGGAGGAGGACGUACGGAUCCGCGAGAACGUCGCGGAGCUGGUCCCGAUGAAGUUUAUCCAGAUGACUCGGGAGGAGGACUCCAUCUAUCAGGAGAUGGCGAACUCACUGGGGGUCGUGCGCAGGCGAUGA